AUGUCGGACACUACGGCCCCCAUUGAACUCCCGGUCAUUGACAUUACCGAUCCUAAUGACCCUGCCGUGGGCAAGGCCAUGCUGGAUGCGGCUGCGAAGUAUGGUUUCCUCUAUGUGAACAGCAAGGGUUCCGAUUUUUCGGUGGAGGAUGUGGAUCGUGGGUUCGGCUUGUCCAAGAAGUUCUUUGCCUCUCCUGCCGCGGAGAAGGAGACAUGUCGCAUCACGCCCAACAACCGUGGAUGGUCCGGCAUGCAUACCGAGACCCUCGAUCCUGAGCACCAGCGGACUUCAAAGAGUACCAACCCCAGUAUCAUCAACCAAACCCAAAACCCCUCACUAACAUCCCCCAGAGCCAUGAACUUCGGCGACUUCGUCAACGGCAAAGCCCAGCAACCACUCCCGGCCUCACUAACCCCCCAUGAAUCAGAGAUCCACGACUUCGCAACCCUUUGCAACAAGACCUGCUCCCGGAUCCUCAACCUCCUCGCCCUAGGCCUGGAAGUGCCUCAAGACUUCCUAACAUCCCGCCACGACCCAAGCAAAGGCCCAACAGGCAGCAUCCUGCGGUAUCUAUACUACCCCUCGAUCUUCUCCCCAGCAACAGCAUCCUACAAGCACGACAAGGACGUGCGCGCAGGCGCACACUCCGACUACGGCAGUAUCACAUUGCUCUUCCAGCGUCCCGGGCAGCCGGGAUUGGAGAUCCUGACUCCAGAGGGAACCUGGGCGCCUGUUCCCAUUGUCCCUGGUCCCCAGCCUGAUGCGUUCCCAUUCCCGCCUAUUCUUGUAAAUAUUGGGGAUUUGCUUAGUUAUUGGACUGAUGGGCUGCUUAAGUCGACUGUGCAUCGGGUUGUGUUUCCAUUGACUGAGCAGCGGAGUCCGAAUCCGCAAGAUCGGUAUACGCUUGUUUACUUCUGUCAUCCGGUUGAUACGACGGAGUUGGUGCCUGUUCCUAGCAAGGUUGUGACGGAGCAUCGGGAAAAGAGUGGUGGUGUGGGCGUUGUUGGGUUUGGUGGUGGUGCGGGUUCCAUGGAGCCUGGGAAGAGGCCGUUGACUGCGGCGGAGCAUUUGGAGUCGCGGUUGGCAGCGACGUAUGGGUUUACGAAGGAGUAG